GAAUCUGCAAAAGCUGUGGUCACACCGAUCCACACGUGCAAUAUUUACGAAAUAUGCGCAAUCUGAAGCUGCAAUAUUGCAAGGAGCUGGAUGCAGUGGCUCAGCCCCGGCAGCUGCUCCUGCAGCCGGAACUGAACGGCGACACCGCGGACACAUCCUUCGUGGUGGCCGACAACAAGGUCUACGCCGUCCAGGAGUCGGGAGAUGUGCGAUCAAGAGUCAUUGCCGAUUUGCCGGACAUUGUGGGUGUGGAGUUCCUGCAGCUGGACAAUGCGAUCUGCGUGGCCAGCGGAGCAGGCGAGGUGCUCCUGGUUGAUCCCCAGACGGGUGCCACCAAGGGAGAGGGAACCUACUGCGAUGUGGGCAUCGAGUGCAUGGCGUGGUCGCCCAAUCAGGAAGUGGUGGCCUUCGUUACCCGCGCCCACAAUGUGGUACUCAUGACCAGCACCUUUGACGUGAUCGCCGAGGAGCCGCUGGACGCGGAACUGGCGCCGGAUCAACAGUUCGUCAACGUGGGAUGGGGAAAGAAAGAGACGCAGUUCCAUGGAACGGAGGGAAAACAGGCUGCCAAGCAGACUGGACUGGAUUCCAUCGACAACCAGGCGAGCGAGGAGCUUAAACAAGAUGUCAACAUUUCCUGGCGCGGCGAUGGAGCCUUCUUUGUGGUCUCCUAUGUGGCUGCCCAGCUGGGUCGCACCUUCAAGGUGUACGACUGCGAGGGAAAACUCCAUCACACAGCCGAAAAGAGUGGCAAUCUAAAGGAGGUGGUGGCCUGGCGACCAUCGGGCAAUUGGAUUGCCGUUCCCCAACGAUUCCCCAACAAGUCCACCAUUGCUCUCUUCGAGAAGAACGGCUUGAGGCAUCGCGAGCUAGUGCUUCCCUUCGAUCUCCAGGAGGAACCGGUGGUGCAGCUGCGCUGGAGCGAGGAUUCCGAUAUACUGGCCAUUAGGACAGCCACCGAGAAGGAGCAGCGCGUAUAUCUGUAUACAAUCGGCAACUAUCACUGGUACUUGAAGCAGGUGUUGAUUUUCGAUCACACGGAUUCGCUGGCUCUGCUCCACUGGGACACGCGGAUAGGAGCCGAGCACAUGCUGCAUAUACUCAAGGAAAGCGGCAAGAGAUUGAUCUACAGCUGGGCCUUCAGCGUGGAUCGCUACGAACGUAGUGGCGUCGUGGGCGUCAUCGAUGGCAAGCGACUGCUGCUCACCGACUUCGCCAGGGCUGUGGUGCCACCGCCCAUGUGCCAGCGCGUCCUUCAGUUGGACAACUACAUCAACGCCUUCACCUGGUACGAGACCAGUCUGUGUGUCUACACCUGCGAUCGUAGGAUGUAUUCCUAUGAACCCAUGCAGCAGUUAAGUGGACAGGAACCACACUCCUGCCUACUUAUGCCGGAUGCAGAACUUUCCCGCUUGCCGCUGGCCAAUCUCACCUACUUUUCGUGUGAUUACCUGCUGGCCACGCACAGCUCAGGAGGAUCCACACGGCUGCUACUGCUGAACAAGGAGGCCGAUGAGGAUGAGGUGAAUGAGCAGGGAGAGCUCUGCUAUCGCGUGCAGAGUUCCCUGCGGAUCAGCGGGCUGGUGAACGCUGUGACCAUUGGAGCCAACGCCAUGGACGAGUUUUAUGUGCAGACUGUGAACAAUGGUCACACCUACGAGGUGUCCCUCAAGUCGGACAACACGCUCAAGGUGGAGCGGACUCAUGUGCAGUUGUCCCAGCCGGCUGACCAGAUUGAGUGGUUCACCAUCACCAGCGACUCCACAGGCGGUCUCAUCACCCUUCGCAAUCAGCAACUGCUCCACAUGGACGGCUAUCGCAUUGCCGAGGACGUCACUUCCUUCUGCGUGGUGGGCAACUAUCUGGCCUACACCCAGCUGAAUGCGAUGCACUUCGUGCGACUAAAGGAUCGUCGCCAGGUGGCGAGCAGGAAUAUCGAACGCGGUGGCAAGCUGGUAACGGCUGUGGCCAGUGAGGCACGUGUGGUGCUGCAACUUCCGCGCGGCAACCUAGAGGCCAUUUGCCCGCGUGUGCUCGUCCUGGAGUUGGUGGGAGCUCUGCUCGGAAGGAAGCAAUACCAGGCGGCCAUGCAGAUGUUGCGCAAACAACGUCUCAACCUUAACAUCAUCUGCGACCACAAUGUGGAGCAGUUCGUGGCCUCGGUCGAUGUCUUCCUGCGCGAGAUCAAGCAGAGUCAGUGGCUCUGCCUGUUCCUGAGUGAGUUGCAGAACGAGGACUUUGCCAAGGGCAUGUACUCGAGCAACUAUGAGGCGGCCAAGCAGACCUAUCCCUCGGAUUACAGAGUGGAGGAGAAGGUGGAGUACGUGUGCCGACUGCUGGUACAGCGCAUGGAUCAGGCCACUCGUCCGGAGGAUGUGGAGCGCUUCCGUCUGCCUGUCAUCACUGCCUACGUAAAGUUGGGCCGCUUGGAACAGGCCCUCCAGCUGAUUUGGCGCGAGAAGCAGGCGGAUGCGGCUCUGGCAGAUCAGCUACUGAAAUAUCUGCUCUACCUAGUGGACGUCAACGAUCUGUAUAACGUGGCCCUGGGCACCUACGACUUUGGACUCGUUCUGUUCGUGGCUCAAAAGUCACAGAAGGAUCCCAAGGAGUUUCUGCCCUAUCUUAACGAACUGAAGGCUUUGCCCGCCGACUACCGCAAGUUCCGCAUCGAUGAUCAUCUGAAGAAGCACGCCUCUGCGCUGUCACAUCUUGCUGCUUGUGGAGAGGAGCACUACGAGGAGGCCCUGGAGUUUAUCCGAAAGCAUGGCCUGUACACAGCUGGCUUGGCCUACUAUCGGGAGCACCUGGAGUUCCACAAGAGCAUCUGCGUGGCGUAUGCGGAUUAUCUUAGAGCCAAUGCCAAGCUGGAUAACGCGAGUCUCAUGUACGAGCGAGGCGGACAGCUGCAGCAGGCCCUUCUGAGCGCCAAGCACACUCUCGACUGGCAACGUGUACUGGUGCUGGCCAAAAAGCUGGGUGAACCGCUGGAUCAGGUGGCCCAGUCGUUGGUGGGGCCACUGCAACAGCAGGGCCGUCACAUGGAAGCCUAUGAGCUGGUAAAGGAGCACAGCGGGGAUCGGGAGCGACAGUUGGAAGUGCUGCUGGAGGGUCAUCUCUACAGCAGAGCCAUUUACGAGGCGGGUUUGGAGGAGGGAGAUGUGUUGAUGGAGAAAAUCACGCCAGCCUUGCUAGCCUAUGGUGCUCAACUACAAAACUCCCUGCACGCCGACCUGCAGCUCUUCCUGGAGUACAAGCAGCGUCUGUCGGACAUCCGCCAGAGACAGGCCAAAUAUGGCGAGGGGGAUAACGAUGCGGAUGUGGACCUGGAGGAGGUGGACUUGCUGUCGGACACCACCAGCCUGCACUCCUCGCGAUACAGCGGCACCUCACGAGGCACCGGCAAGACAUUCCGCUCGAGCAAAAACCGACGCAAGCACGAACGCAAGCUCCUAAGUUUGAAGCCGGGCAACCCCUUCGAAGACAUCGCGCUCAUCGAUGCGCUGCACAACCUCGUCACGAAGAUAGCCCAACAGCAGCAGCCUGUGCGUGACACAUGCAAAGCGCUGCUGCAGCUCGCCAGCGCGGCGGAUGCAGAUCCCCUGGCAGCGGCACUGCAGCGUGAAUUAAAGACUCUGCUGCGAGCGGUGGAGGCGGCGCUGGACGAGAUCUGGACGCCCGAACUGGUGGGCAAUGGAUCGAUGGCGCAGCACCUCACGGGACCCAAUGUCGACUAUCUGGCGCUGCAGAAGGAGCAGCGAUACGCUUUGAUAAGUCCUCUGAAGCGCUUCAAGCCCCAACUAAAUCUGAUGGACUGGCAGCACGAGAUCCUCCAGUGAGUCAUCGCUGCGAUCGUUGGAUUUGCGUGCAGCUCUCAUCCUCCUCCCAUACCAUUGUUUACUUUCACUGCUCUGGAAAUAAAUGUAGCAUUGAAAUGCUAAUUGAAUGUAUCGAGA